CUUUAUUUCAGAGCCCAGCUUGCCCUGCCAGAUAAAAGAUCUUCGGAGCGUCUCCCCAGUGCUCAUGGCCUCAAAAUAACUAUGAAGGGGGGAAACGAAACUAGGUUUUAGCAACUGAAAAUCAAACUUCAAAUACUAAUUCAAUGGCAGGUUCUACUGGUGGCACCGGUUCUUCCAGUCCCUCAACGGUCCCUCCGGCUCCUAAAAUUCUAUUGGCUAAGCCCGGACUGGUUACCACUGGACCUGUGGUCGGUAAAUUUGGACGCGGCGGUGCUGAAGACGAAACGAUGCCACAUCGGUCUCGUCUGCCUACAGUUGGGUCUCUCAAUCUCCUCUCUGAUUCCUGGGAAUUCCACAUUGAUCGCUUUCUCCCUUUUCUUACUGAGAAUAUAGAUUUCACUGUGAUCGGGGUAAUUGGACCACCUGGGGUUGGCAAGUCCACCAUCAUGAAUGAGCUAUAUGGUUUUGAUGCGGGUUCACCCGGAAUGUUGCCACCAUUUAGUAUACAGUCAGAAGAUAACAGACCAAUGGCAAGACAUUGUAGCGUAGGCAUUGAACCAAGGAUAUCUGCUGAGCGGCUUAUACUUCUAGAUACCCAGGAAUUGCCUUUUGGAUGGAAAUUUGUUGUAAGUUAAGAUCUCUUAGUUGAUGCUUGUUACAAUUUUGUUUGUUGGAGAUUGUUGAAAAGAAGUUCACUUAAGUUUGUUCAGUUUGAUGAAACAGUGCUCUUCUGAAUGCACUUUCAAUAAAGCAUUGAAGCUCUAUAAAUUAGUCUUCUAAUUAGGGGUUUUGGCAUUGGAAAUGGAAGUUGGUGUAUCCUACUAGAUAGGCUUAAGUACCUUCUUUUACAAAUAUUUUGUGGCAAUACAAUUUGAAUUUCAUUAUUUCUUUCGUGCUACUUCCAUUUAUUAUUUCAACACCUUAUAUGAAGAUUGAGCGGGCCUUCUGUGCAUUCUUGUCUUUGGUUGAUUUUUUUCCUUUCAACUUAUGUUAUUAUUUGAAUCUUUCAUGAGCCUUUAUUGCUAACAUAUUUCUUCUUGUUUUUGUUUUUGGGUUUUAGUGAAUUAUCACUAGUUUCUUCAAAAUUUGUUUGAGUGAUUUAGGCAAACCAAAAUUCACAACAUAGGGGCAACGCUUGUGGAGGUGGAAAAAUUUGGCAAUAAGUAUUAUAAGGGACUUGAAGACAUGCAAUUUGGAAGGCACGGAUGGGUUGAAUAUGCAGAAAAGGAUUGGUAUAAUACUUCUCAAGUGCCGCCAGAAUAGCAUGGUUGGCUUUAUUUCAUAACUGAUCACACAAGGGAUGAGCUCCUGAUGCUAAAACGUAAGAGGUAUGGGGAUGAGCAUAAGGAGAAUCUCUUUGGAGAAGGUGAGGAGUAUAUAUACCAUUCCAAAGGACAUGCUCUCAAUCCUGAUCAAAAAGACUGGACCAGGUAUCAACUUUGGCAACCCACAAAGUCAGAAUAACUCCUUGGGGCCACCAAUGUCUCGUAAACUCAAAAAUUGUGGCAUUUUGAAUCUGAUUUCCAUGAAUAAAGCAUGCAAUUGUACAAGGGUGUAGAGAUUUUGCAUUUGCUUUUCUGAAGAGAACUUUGAAUGCCAGCUUUGUAGUCUGUUUUCAUAAAACUUAUUUUCUCAAUGACUUUGUUGUGGACUGCUGUUGAUAUUGGUUUUAGUUGCUCAAGUA